UCUCAAUUGAAGUUCAUCAUUUCAUGCACUGAAGAGACGUAUAAAGCGAGGGAGAGAGAGUGCGAUAUGCACUUUCCCUGCCACAAAUGCCUUGCCUAAAGCCCUAAACCCUAAGGAGUAAUUUCCAAAACCCUAUUUUCCCCAUUAUUUCUUUUACGUUUCUUCACUUCCGUCUCUCUACACUGCGCUUCAUAUACACACACGCCUACACGGACACUAAUCGCAGCUUUUCUGUUUGUGUAAAUUUCGGAUUGAAGGUGUGCGCGUGUAUGCAUACAUAAUCAAUCUGCGGUCCUUCUGAAUAAAUUCCUGUUUGUGCAUGGAUUCUUGAGAUUAGCGUUGUAUUAGUGAUUCACAUUUUGUAAAUCCUUAUCUGGAUAUCUGUCAGGGUGAUGAUAGAGUAGAUUCUCAUGUUAUAGUAGUACUUAGAUUUACAUGGCUAAUUUGGUCUACUGUAUUUUGCUAUUAGGCUUAGUUCUUGAAAUGUACCUGUCCAAUGAGGUUAAGUGCAUCUAUUAUUGGUUAGCAUGAUGUAAAUUUGUUGAUUGUAGUGGCUUUGAAUAGUAUAUUUCGUCUUAAUCAUUUUUUGUGUUAACUAAUCUUGGAAUUGUUUGGGCAUUUGAAGAGCUUACGAAGAAGGUAUAGAAAGAUACUUAUCAAAGAAAAGAAGGGAAAAUAAAUAAAGAAAAAGAUGAUCAGGUUGACACUGGAAGAGGGGAUGAAUAGAUUGGAGGAGGGCAUUGCCAAAGCGUUGAUGAUAAUGGAUGGUUACACUGCUAGUGCACUGUUUAGUUCAGAGGAAUACAUGAAGUAUUAUGAUUGUGUUUAUCUUUUGUGUGUUCAACCGCCGCCAAAUGACUACUCAUGGCAGCUUCAUGAAAGAUUUAAGAAAGCUUUGGAAGAAAGUAUUUUUUUAAAGGUUUUGCCAUCCCUAAGUGAUAAAAAUGGAGCUCCCCUGUUAUCUGAACUUCGACGUUUAUGGGCAAAUUAUAAAUCAAUGGUGAAAUGCCUUGGGGGAUUUUACUUGUACCUUGAUCAGAGGUUUUCUGACCGCGAAACUGCUGCACCCCUUUCUGAAAUUUCAGUUUGCUGUUUCCAUGACUUGGUCUGUACUGCUUUCCUCCAAAAAUUUAUAGAUGCUGCUAUAUUACUGAUCACACAAGACCGCAAUGGGCUGCCAACUGACCAGACCUUUCUACAGAGUCUUUCAAACUUUUUCACUGAAGUUGGAGGGAAAACAAGGCCAUUCUGCUAUAACAAGUUUGAGGAGGCAAUACUUGUCGACACAGGCAAUUACUACUCUCAAGUAGCUCCAGAAUGGCUACUGAAUUAUUCUUCUGCAGAAUAUGCAUCUAAGGCUGAACAGUGUUUGAGGGAGGAAAGAGGAAGAGCAUGCAAAAUUUUGCAUCCACCUGGAGUAGAGAAGCUUCUACAGAUUGUGCACUGGAAGUUGGUUGGUGAAAUUACAAAUCAAUUGAUUGAAAAGCAAAAUGCUGAGAAUCUUGAUGCAUCAAGAUAUAAGGAAAUACUUGAGCAAUGUGCCACAUUAAACAUUGGGUAAUCAGUGGUGGAUGUAAGCAGGAAUUUUUGUGAUCGUGUGACUUGCUUGCUCGUGUUCUCAACACUGGAAAAAUACAACAUUCAGAGACCUCUAAGUACUAACAACAGUGAUCUGCUUAUUACAUUUAGUCAUUUACACCUAUUGUUUCAUUGGACUUGUGAAAGAUUUUUUUGUUCUUUUUUGAGCUUACUCCUUACAUUUGUAAGUAAUAACAUUUCAUCGUUUUGAUCUUUUUUAAUUUUCUUUAAAUAGUAAUUAGUAUCCACCUC